ACAUCUGUGACGUAGCCGGAAGUUCACCGUCGUACAGGAAGAAGAUAGCCGUUUUUUUUGGAGCCGUUUUACUUUCUGUCUAUAUGCAACGGAGUCGUGCUUCAUGUAGCUAAUAUUGAAAUUGAAUUGCAAGAUGAAAUUUGUGCACGUUUUGUGGGUGUUGAACGCCCUGCUGAUAGCCGGUACGCCUGUGGACGCGUUCGAUCCCAUCACAACAACGGUGGUUGUUAGCUUCGGAGCGGCUCUCGGACGCACGAUUUACAAUUAUUUACGAGAGACUUGUGACUCCAGAUGGUUGACUUACAAUUCGACAGGCCUUAAGAUGGAUCUGGAAAACAAACUGUUUGGACAGCACCUGGCGUCUCGCAUCAUCCUGAAAGCUGUGAGCGGAUUCAUGAGCAACGACAACCCCAAAAAACCGCUCGUGCUGUCGCUCCACGGUUGGACCGGCACCGGGAAGAACUUUGUGAGCCAGCUGAUCGCAGAAAACGUUUACAAAGAGGGGAUGCACAGCAAGUUUGUCCACGUCUUCACGUCCACACUUCACUUCCCGCAUCCCAGUCUACUUUCCUCCUACAAGUCUCAGCUGCAGCAGUGGAUCAAAGGCAAUGUGAGCAACUGUGAGCGCUCCAUGUUCAUCUUUGAUGAGAUGGACAAGAUGCAUCCGGGACUGAUCGACAGCAUCAAGCCGUAUCUGGACUACUAUGAAAAACUGGAUGGAGUUUCAUACAGAAAAUCCAUCUUCAUCUUUCUCAGCAACGCUGGAGGCGAGAGCAUCGUCGAGACAGCUUUAGAUUUCUGGAGAGAAGGACGAGCUCGAGAGGAGAUUGAUCUGAAAGAUUUGGAAACAUCCGUCUCCCUCUCCGUCUUCAACAACGAAAAAAGUGGCUUUUUUCACACAAGCUUGAUCGACAAGAACCUGGUGGACUUCUUUGUUCCCUUCCUCCCUCUGGAGUACUCGCACGUCGUCCAGUGCGCCAUGGCUGAGAUGAAGGCCAGAGCCAGCGAGGGCGAAGGCCCGCCGGACCUGGAUGUGGCAAACCAGGUCGCCAAAGAUUUGAUCUAUUUCCCCAAACAAGAGCGAGUUUUCUCUGUCAAAGGCUGCAAAACGAUAGAGAGCAAACUGGACUACUACACAUAGCGUCUGAUUUUAUGGACGGUGUUGAGUCACUCAAAGCACUUUUAAGAAACUUUGACAGCCAAGAGGCUAAAGGCAGGAAGUGGAUCCAGCAGAAGAGGACUCCGGACGUCUCCAUCUGACCUUCAGACUAACUCUGGACGGUGUUCCGUCUCGUACGGCGCUGAGAAUGAGCUCGGCCUCAUAAAAAAUAAAAAAGAUUGAAAUGCAAACCUUUGUAAGCAAUUAGGACGCUGCUUGCCUGCUUUUAUACUCCUUGGAAGGUUUUUUGUUCACUGACACUGUUGUCUGCCUUAAUUCAGUAAAAAUACUGUAAUCUAUGAGAACUGCUUUAUAGAUUUAGAUGAUUAAAAAACUGGGUUCUUCAGCUUCACUACAAAUGUGGGGCUGAUUUGUAUUUUUAAAAUAUAACAAAGUGUGAUGGGAUUACUGUUGGAUUAUUUCGAAAAGCUCUGGUAUUAGGAUAAAAAGGUUAUUUAGAAUGUAAUUUUCUUUUUAUAAAAUGAUGUCAUGUAGAGUUUCAGCUGCGUCUCUGUUUUUAUAAGGUAAGAUUCGGAAUCGUUGUUUGCUGAACAGGAUGUUCUCUCAAAAGCAGCAGAAAGGUGUUUUUGCCUUAAGUCACCAAAAAAGACAAAUAAAUACAAAAAUGGAAGUUGUAUUUGUUUGGAUGAGGAUUAAACUGCAGAAAUUUGUUGUCAACAGCGUGCAGAGUGCAACAUCAGAUGUGUUGAUGAAGCUGCUGGUACCUCAUGCAGAUUAUCAUCAGGCUAAAUGAAGGCAGCAUUUUCUUUAAAACAAAUUUUGCAGGAAAGUAGUGAAUCCUGUUCAGAAUUAGCCAUAAUUCUGUUUUAGAAUAUCCAUUGCAUUAUUGCUGUUUUCCAUUCUAUUGGACAUAUGACUAGAGGACUUCAACUUCGUCAAGAAUAUUGAGUCCCACUUUCUGAAAGUUUGACAGCUGGUUAAUCAUUAACGUGGUUUUAUCUGAAAUGUCUUAUUCUGACUUAAAAAAAGGUCUAUUAAGUUGCUGAACUUAGAAAAAUCAGAGCCUAAAGAUGUUAUUUGUCUUUUCUCAUGACUGAGCAGCAAACAGAAUGAAGUUGGGUAAUGUUGGUAUAAAGAAGUCGAUCCCUUUUCA